AUGGUUUUUUUUGACAACUACGAAAUCCGUAUACUUGAAUAUAUCCGGAUAUCACCCGGGUUGAGCACCGUUAGCAAUCGCUGCUUCGAAGACAUGACGGAAACGGGUUCCAAACACAUACAGUUCCUGGCCGCUGCGACAUCCAGUUUAUCUGUAUUUGCGGCUGGUGCCAUGAUGACAUGGACGAGUCCGGUUCUUCCUAAAUUAAUGAACGGUGACGGACCUUUGGGAUCACCAAUUAGCAGCGAUCAGAGUUCUUGGAUAGCAUCUCUGGUAUCCCUUGCUUCUAUUCCUGGUAGCUUCAUAGCAGGAUACCUCGGAGACAGAUGGGGCCGUAAAAGAACGUUGCUGUUUUGUACAGUGCCGUUUUCAAUUGGAUGGAUACUUCUUGCCACUGCAAAUCACGUUGAUCAGCUUUAUGCCGCGCGGUUUAUACUUGGAUUGGCUAAGUCUAUCCCAUUUAUGAUCUACCCCAUGUACUGUGGCGAAAUUGCUGAGACUUCUAUCAGAGGAACUUUAGGCUCUUUUAUUGAGCCCUCUAAUGCAAUUGGUGGGCUAUAUGCUUACGCUAUUGGACCGUUUGUCAGCUACACAAUUUUUUGUAUUGUCUGUGGCAUCCUGCCAGUGAUUUUCUUCGUUUGCUUCAUGAUGAUGCCCGAGUCUCCAUACUACCUUCUCAGCAAUGGGCGCAGAGAUGAGGCAGUCGCUUCUCUAGCAAAGCUCCGAGGCAAAUCCAAAGCAGUUGCCCAGGGGGAAGCCGAUGAAAUACAAGUCAUACUCGACGAGAAUUACAAGAAUCAAAUUAGUAUCUCAGUCCUGUUCAAAGUGAAAGCGAACUUUAAGGCGUUGAUCUACACGUGUACCUUAGUUACCUUCCAGCAGUUUACUGGUAUCAACAUAAUUCUAUUGUAUAAUCAAAGUAUUUUCGAAGCUGCCGGGGGUAGUAUCUCUAGUAAACAAGCACCGAUUAUUAUCGCAAUUGUGCGCCUGUUAGCGUCAGCGAUGACACCCGUAAUUAUCGAUUGGUCAGGUAGAAGAACUCUCCUAAUUUUCUCUGGCAUCGGCGAAACAAUUAGCUUGUGUACCCUGGGUUUGUACUUCUAUUUGAAGGACGUGCAACAUGCAGACGACAUAGUAGAGCAAAUAUCCUGGUUACCGUUAGUCGCGCUCAUCAUCUUCGUCGCCAUGUAUUGCAUAGGUUGGGGGCCGGUUACAUGGGCGAUGAUAGGCGAAAUGUUCGCCUCGAACGUCAAGGCUAAGGCUUCCGCUAUAUCGAUUUCUCUCCUCUGGUCGUUAAGUUUUAUCACCGUCAAAUUUUCUAGCAACAUUGACGAAGCGUUUGGCAAGUACACAAUAUUUUGGACAUUUGGAGUAUUCUGCUUUCUCAGUAUCCUUUUCACGGUGUUCUUUCUGCCCGAAACGAAAGGCAAGACACUUCAACAAAUCCAGGAUGAACUUAGUGGAAUGACUGAGAUUACAGAUGUCAAGAAGGGAAUAAAGAGGUAAAGAGGAAACGUUCAUGUCCGAUUAUUCUGACGAACAGUGUAUGUACGCUAAACAUGAUCCGAUUUUGCGACAUUUUGAAGAGAUUAGACGAUAUUUUAAUGUACACUAUUAAAAAUUUUAAUAUAAAAUUUUAUAAAAGUAAUUGUAUCUGUUUUCGCUUCCAAAAUUUAUAUUGACUAAUUCACGAUAUGAAAAAUUUUAAUUUUAUAAAAAUUAACAAAUUCAUACUGGUUGCACGUGUUGUUCAACUAAUAAAAAUUUUGUAAACAAUUUAUAGUGUUAGAUAUGUUGACUAGAUGUAUAUUAAAAUAAUCUUUUACAAAGUGUAAAAAGCGCUGUAAUAUAUUAAUAA